CUUUGGUAAUUACGAAACUAGGGUUUAGAGUGAGUUAACCCUAACUCGCCUCCCUUUAAAUUCUUCUUUUCCGUCUCUGACCUCAGUUGCUCUGCAGAGAUUUGUGGACUUGUGGCUGACAGACACCGUAGAACAGCCACUCGGCCAAAAUGGGUAUUUCUCGUGAUUCCAUGCACAAGAGACGUGCCACUGGAGGCAAGAAGAAGGCUUGGAGGAAGAAGCGCAAGUAUGAGCUCGGAAGGCAACCUGCAAACACAAAGCUUUCAAGCAACAAGACAGUUAGGAGGAUUAGAGUUCGAGGUGGGAAUGUGAAGUGGCGUGCUCUGAGGCUUGACACUGGAAACUACUCAUGGGGGAGUGAGGCUGUGACCCGGAAAACCCGUCUUCUUGAUGUGGUCUACAAUGCAUCCAACAAUGAGCUGGUUCGUACUCAGACUCUGGUAAAAAGUGCUAUUGUUCAGGUUGAUGCAGCGCCAUUCAAGCAGUGGUAUCUUCAGCAUUAUGGAGUUGACAUUGGUCGCAAGAAGAAAACUUUGGCUUCCACCAAGAAAGAAAGCGAGGAGGGUGAUGCUCCUGCUGCUGCUGCUGCUCCUGCUACUGAGGAGGCGAAGAAAAGCAACCAUGUCCAGAGAAAGCUGGAGAAGCGGCAGCAGAAUCGUAAGCUUGAUGCACACAUUGAAGAGCAAUUUGGUAGUGGUCGUUUGUUGGCUUGUAUCUCAUCAAGACCUGGUCAGUGUGGCCGUGCUGAUGGAUACAUCUUGGAAGGUAAAGAGCUUGAGUUCUACAUGAAGAAGAUCCAGAGAAAGAAGGGCAAGGGAGCUGGAGCUGCCUAAAGUUUUGUUACCUGAACGUCAUCCUUCAUAUCACAUAGGGCGUUGAACUUAAGCUUAGAUGAAACAUUUUGGGAGAAAGCUAUUUCUUGUGUUACAUUUGACUUUCUAAUUGGAAUAUUAUGGGUGUCUUCUACUGUCA